UCAUGUGAAAGCAUUUGAAAUCAGUGCACCACUGGUUGAGCAGUUGAUGAAUGAAUCGGUGGAGGAAUUCGGUGACCUGUACUUAGAUAUAGCUGAAGCCUACAUGGAUGUUGAUUUCCAUGAAGCUGCCCUUCAGUUGUUGCGUCCACUCAUCAACUCAGAUCACUAUAAUGUUGCUGCUGUUUGGCUCCAGUAUGGGGAGAGUUUGGCAGCUGUCGACCAGAUGGAAGAAGCUGCUGAGGCAUACAAUAAGGUGGUGAGACUGGCACCGCAGCAUGCUGAAGCCCGUCUGACUCUCUCAUCCAUCCUGCAGUCGCUUGGCCGCCUGGAUGAAGCUCUCCUCAUUCUGAACCAAGAGAGUGACUUUGAGCCUUUAGACUCACAGCUCCUCUUCCAGCGAUGCAAGAUCCUGCUGGAUCAGAACCUUGUUGAUGAAUUUAUUAAUGCUGCUAAGUUGCUGUUCAGGAGGCAUUUUAUUCACAUUAGAAAUCGAGAUGAGGCUGAAGCCAUGAUCAGCAACAAGAAGCUGAGCAACAAAUAUGAAGCCAUCCGAGAACUCCGGCGUUCCAAAAAUGAGAGUCUGGAAGACAAUGGACCAGCUUACACAGGGCCAGAUGUGUCUAUAGAAGAUCAGUGGGAACUCUUUACCAGUGUGUGUAAUAUCCUUCAUGAAAAGAAGAGGUUUGAAGAACUAGAAAGAAUGACUUUCACAGCCCUUGGGUCUAAAGAAUUCAUGAAGGACAAGGAACGUGCAAGAGAGGUCGAGUUCAUGUGUCUCUUAGCCUGUAUCUACAAUGAAAGCUCCUACUUUGCCUACAACAUUAUGAGGGAGCUUGUGAUCAAGAAUCCUGAGAAUGAGAGAUGCUGGAACCUACUCAACCUCAUCAUCUCCAAAGCGGACGACUUUCGCCACAACCGUUUCCUGCUACGCCUGACCCAUAAACACCCAGACCUAGUAGCCCUCGGAUUGCUUAACGGCCACAACUGUUUGGUGGCUGGUACCUACAAAUAUUCCCUAGCAGAGUACACGGGUGCCUUCAAGCAAGACCCAAGCAAUCCCCUCAUUCCACUCAUGCUUGGACUAACCUUCACCCACAUGGCCUGCCAGAAAUUCAGUGGGAAGAAGCACUCACUGGUUGUGCAGGCCUGUGCAUUCUUAAAUACGUAUGUUGAGAUGCGCGGAGAGUGUCAGGAAUCGAUGUACAACUUGGGACGAGCCAUGCACCAGCUGAAUCUUCUCCCACAGGCUAUCCACUACUACAAACAAGCCCUUAAUUGCCAGCCUGUUGAAUCAUUGGAAGGAGGCCCUAUGUUAGACCUCUCAAGGGAAAUUGCAUUCAAUCUUGCAUUGAUAUAUCAGAACAGUGGCUCUCCAGAUUUGGCAAGAAUGUAUAUGUAUAAGUACAUACAAAUUUAGUUUAGGAAAAGAGUGCACAUAUGUUGCAAUAAACAUAUUCAUUCCUCUUUUUGGGAGAAGGAAAUUUAGAAUUCUUGGGACCAAUAAGGCAAAACAGUCAGCUGGGGAUUAGGAUAUAUGUAGAAAAUGACUCAUGGUCUCAUAUUUGAAUAGGUUGUAUAUGUCAUCACAGGGAAACUUAGAUUUCAGUAUAUAGAGAGAAAUUGAUAAUUUUAGCCAAAGAUAUUUAUUAAUUAUCAAGAGAAAAAUGUGUGUAAUUAAUAAUGAAUAUUUAUUUUACAAUUAAGUUGUAUAUAUAUAGAAGACUAUCUGGAUUAAUGUUGCUCCUAGGAGAGAGUGAGUGUGAGUGUGAGUGUGAGUGUGAGUGUGAGUGUGAGUGUGAGUGUGAGUGUGAGUGUGAGUGUGAGUGUGAGUGUGAGUGUGAGUGUGAGUGUGAGUGUGAGUGUGAG